AUGUCGUCCCGCAAGGUCCGAGUCAAGAAGCUCAGCGUCAAGACAACCCUCCCCGUGCUCCGGGAGGACCAGAUCGACCCGUCCGAGUACGAAGCCCUUACGACCGAAAACCAAAUCGCAACCGGUGUCGAGCAGGCCGAGGAAAACGAAUACCAUCUCCAGACCAUCCUGAAGGAGGCCGGUACUAGCAAUGACCAAGAGAUCCCUGUCCCGCCUCCAACGGAGAGCAACAUCAACUACAAUGAGCUCUACGCCGUCCCUUUCCACAAGCCCUCCUCCUACAUCCGCUUCUCGCAGACGGUGGAGGAGUGCAUCACAUGCCUCUAUGACAUGAACACGGAAGAUGAUGAGUAUCUCAAAGAGUACAAUAGUAAACCCCCUGCCGCUGGUGCCCUCUCCGAAGAUGACUUUGAGCGCAUCAUGGAGGUCUUUGAGGACACCGCGGCGGAGCAGACUCCAUUCGCAUCGGUAGACAAUACUGUUGUCGCCUAUGACAUGAUGGUUCCUGCGCUGAACCACCUUGGUUCACCGUCCAUUCUGCAGCAUGCCAAGCCCGUCUAUGAGUACUGGAAGUCGAGCCGACAGGCUGCUGGCAACAAGCCCUUGCACCCAACCCUCAAGUUCGAGACGCACCAGGAGACUGAUGACACCGACCCCUUUGUCUGUUUCAGACGCCGGGAGGCCCGUCAGACUCGCAAGACGCGUGCUCGGGAUAACAAGAUCGCCGAGACGCUCAAGAAAUUGCGUCGCGAACUCGAGGAUGGUCGUCAACUCGUCCUCAUGUCCUUCGAGCGUGAAAUGCUGAAGCGAGAGCUGCUCACCAUGGACCGAGCCGUCUUUGAGGAGCGAGCUCGGCUCAAGGAUGUCAAGCUCAGGCUGGGUAUCAAGGGCGAGGAUGAGGACCUCAUCAACCAAAAGCCUCAAAAGCGCAAGGUUGCAGAAGCCCCUGUUGUGCCUCGUCCUUCUGGCGCCCACGUGCGGGCGCCUGUCAGGUCCGAUGGCAGAACGCUGGAAGCCGACCUCGUCUCGCUGGCUGACAAACUGGCCGAGAAGGAGAACGAGCUUCGUCUUGAUAUAGAAAUGAAGGUUCAGAACCACCGCAAGUGGAACCAGAACCAUAUCGAUCUCACUCGAGAUCCGUUAUCGCCGGUCAAGGACCAGGGCGCAGAGCUCAAGUUCAGGCCGGCCAAAACUCAGUACUUGAUGACGCCGCCAGCAUCGACGUCAUCAGAAAUGGAUGUGGACGAGUACUCACCUGACACCAUGCAGGUCGACAAGCCAGUCGACAAGCAGGACCACCCCGUCUUCCAGUUCACGGCCGGAGCGGCUUGCGAGCCGCCCAAAUCCAACCAGCCUGCCUUCCGCCGCCGCAUCGGUCGAUUAAACCGUCUGUGGAUCGACCGGAGGGGUAUGGUGACCCCACCCCGGGCGGAGGGUGAAGGAUACUCGGACCGCUGGAGGUACGACUCCGAUUCUGAGGACGACGAGCCGCCCGUAUAUGAGGUGGAUCCGUUCGACACUCGGGCUCUGAAGUUCAGGGCGACGAUCCCGUUGAACCCAUAUAUGUUCAGAGGG